AUGAGGGGGCUGGGCUCUGGUGUGGACUCUUUGUGUAUUAACUUUGUUGAGUUGGGGUGUCUGUUGUCUAUUGUGGGGUUGGGCAGCCUGACUGGAUCGGAGGAUGACUUCCUGUGUGUUUUCCUCUUCUUCCUGCUCUUCCUCUGUUCCUCCAUCACUGCCGACGGUCCCACCGGACUCAAAGUGAGAAUCACCAACAAAGCGACGGAGUUCUUGAAAGAUUUUGGUCUGAAGUUUUUGAAGAUGCUGGUUAAAAAACCUUUUGAGGAUUUCCAGUUGUUAACGUGCCACAUUAAAAGUUUGACAUUAACUCAUCUGGAUGUGGACCAGGAUAAUGUCGUGGUCAGGUUCCAGCCGGGUUCAGGUCUUCAGUUUGAGUUCAGGGACCUGAACAUCACCGCAGAAAUCGAAAGAGGAACCAAUCGUUGCUUUUUUAAUAUCUUUCAAGGAACGGCUGUCGUAACAGGACAAAAUGUUGGCGUCACCAUCGGAGUGAGACUGAUCCAAACCGGAGGACGUCUGAGUCUCGAGAUACCGUCUGGAGAUGACUACUGUAAGACCCGAGCUGACAGGAUCCGUGUGGAUAACCUGGGGUUUGUGGUGAACACUGCUCUCACAGCAGCGUUAAGGUUUGCAUUCACCUCCCAGUUCUGUCCUGCUAUUAGGAAUCUUGUCCCUAAUGUAAACACCAUGUUGGCGGGCGUCGCCAUGACGAGGACUUUGAGCAAAGACCACAAAAUCAACCUUGACUACUCUCUGAGCGGAAACGUCACGGUGACGUCCAACAGCCUCGACGUGCCUUUCACAGGUGUGGUGUACUACGGUGACACAAGGCCUGCUUUACCAGCAGCAGGUGUAGUGCCGGUGUUCACAGAUAAAGAUAGUAACCGGAUGGCUUACGUUGGCGUCUCUGAAGACCUGUUUAAAAGCGCCGGACAGGCGCUCUACGACCACGGGCCUUUUGAACUGACCGUUCCACAGAUUAAUUUGAUUGUUAAUGCUUUGCUGAAAAAGUUGGGAUUGCCUAAGGGUCCUGUUGAAGUUCAGCUCACUGGGGUGCCAGUCAUCAAAAUCAACAAGGAUGGAGUAUCUGUCAGCGUAAAGGCCAGCGCCCAAUCUAAAACCAAACCACUGCCUCCGCCUCUUGCCAUGGAGUGUCAGUUUGGGAUAAAGGUCGAUUUGAAUGGACGCCGUCUGAUUCUUCAGUCUCUAAGCCUCUCCAAGUGUAAAGCCAAACCUGGAACCAUAAAGGGAAAAUUUGUGGCGGGACUUGUUGAGGGCAUAAUUAAAUGGAUUCCAUCAAUAAUUAAGAUCUUGUUUAAAAAAGAAGUCCAGAUUCCUCUCCCUGAUGGACUGGAUCUAACUCAGACAAAGAUCGACUAUCAUCCUGGCUACUUUGUGGUCGGGGGGAGCCUGACCCUCCCUGGGUAGUGAUGUCAUCCAUCUGUCUUCAACCGCUGAUCCCGGGGUCGGGUCACGGUGCAACAGCUUCACUCAGGGACUCCAACUUCUCCUCUUCUGAGCCUCGUUGAUUGUCUUUAUUAUUAUUAUUAUUAUUAUUACUAUUAUUAUUAUUAUUAUUAUUAUUAUUAGUGGCUGAGCAGCAAAGCUGCAGGACUGUUUAGGUGUGAAAGCGCCCUUAAUCUACGUGGUUGUGGGUUUUUUCAAAGCACCCCAAUCUCAUUUCUAACCAAUAACAUAAUUCGUCCCGCCCCGGCCCGUACCGACCCAGGUCGUUGUAACUCACAGUGAAAUGGACCCUAGUCUACCCGGACCCAACCCGAGUAGAUGGAGGAGGGUUACCACCUGGGUCUAACCCUGGUUGAGUCAUCGCUGUGAAGGAGCUGUAGGCUACGCUCUGGGCACAGCUAAUGAAGCUAAGCUAACCUUUGUUUUACAGACAUCUCUAUUCAGUCAGAACCAAACGUUAAAUGUAAUAAUAAUAAUAAUAAUAAUAAGGAAAGAACUACCAAACAUAACAGGGCUGUUGUUGGUGCUCGGUCCCUAAUAAUAAAGGACAUUAAAGACAGAAACAGCUUCUGUGAUGAUCCUGUUCUUCUAUUUUCUGUCUCUCAUGUCACUACUGACUUGACAUGUCAGACUUUAUCAGCUGUGAUACUGUUGUAACAGUACAACAAUGUUGUGUUACAAGGUGUGUCCUCCAUUCUGCUGUACCACUCCUUAUUCUUUCUCUGCAAUAAACAG